CACACCAUCUUAUAUUCAGAAAGAUUUUUGCCUGUGGAUGUGUUUCAUAUCCAUCCUUUGUAAAGUGGGACCACCACCAGUUCCUCAUCUGUUCAUCUGAUCCUGAGCUAUCUGAAGGAUGUAGAAACAAGUUGUUUUUUUUGUAAUUUUUUAUUUUUAGCUUCAUUAUCAACCUGGAUCACCUGCACCUGGCGCGUGCCUUCUCUCUCUCUCUCUCUCUCUCUCUCUCUCUCUCUCUUUCUUUCUUUCUUUCUUUCUUUAAAAUCUUUACAGCAUUGAUAUUUUUAUUUCUUCACAUAGAGAAAAAAAAUUGCAAAUGUUUAAGGGGAAAAUUGCACAUGCACAUUGCAUGAGACUGGAGCAUGCAAGUGUACAGGUAGCUGUUUAAAAAGAUUUUACCCUCUCUCUCUCUCUCUCUCUCUCUCUCUCUCUCUCAAGAAAACAAACAAACAAACAAAAAAGAUCUAAAAACAACAAUGACAUUUGGUUAACACCGACGGCAGCAGAGAUUUCUUCUUUUUUUUUUUGCACCGGCUGCAUCCAGUACCGAUUCAGAGGAAAGGUAGAGGAGCGUGAAAAGGUGGGUGACAGAGAAGGAGAGAAGGAGAGAGUUUGAAAAAGAUAGAGAGAGAGAGAGACAAUGGCCGCGAUCGCGAGCUCCCUGAUCCGUCAGAAGCGACAGGCGCGCGAGUCAAACAGCGACCGGGUUUCGGCGUCCAAGCGGCGCGCGAGCCCCAGCAAAGACCCGCGCUCCCUGUGCGAGCGCCAUUUCCUCGGCGUCUUCGGUAAAGUCCGCUGCUGCAGCGGCAAGAAAAGACCCGUGCGCCGGCGACCAGAUGCGCCCUCGAAACCUCCACAAGUGUCCCGUAAGGGCAUCAGGCUAGAGCCGCAGCUGAAAGGGAUUGUGACCCGGCUGUUUAGCCAGCAGGGCUUCUACCUGCAGAUGCAGCCGGACGGAACCAUUGAUGGAAGCAAGGACGAGAACAGCGACUACACCCUUUUUAACCUCAUCCCGGUCGGACUGAGGGUGGUAGCCAUCCAGGGCGUGAAGGCUGGCUUCUACAUUGGCAUGAAUGGAGAGGGCUUUCUCUACAGCUCGGAGAUGUUCACUCCCGAGUGUAAAUUCAAGGAGUCUGUAUUUGAGAACUACUACGUCAUCUACUCAUCCACCAUGUACCGGCAGCAGGAGUCGGGCCGAGCCUGGUUUUUAGGCCUCACGAAAGACGGCCAAGUCAUGAAGGGCAAUCGUGUGAAGAAAACCAAGCCUUCGUCACACUUCCUGCCCAGGCCUAUCGAAGUCUGCAUGUACCGGGAGCCUUCGAUGCACGAGAUCGAGGAGAAGCAUCGCUCCAGGAAAAGCUCAGGAACUCCAGCCAUGAACGGAGGCAAAGCGGUGAACCAGAACUCUACAUAGCAGGACCUGGACACGCAACAAUAACAACAACAACAACAACAACAAAUCCACACACACACACAAAAAACACACACACACACACACACACAUCACCUGCUGAAGAGAACAAGCCUUCAGAAAAACACUAUGGAACUCAGCGCUCAACCGAUACGACCAAGUCUCACCUGUGAAAAGUGUUCGAUACCAAGACAUGCUUUCGGAGGAGGAAGGGGGUGUGAGGAAGGGGGAGGGGCUUGACUCUGCA